AUGUUCAGCAUAAGUGAGCGGACCAGUUUGGACGGAAAUUUCUAUGAUGGAAUCUCAGAAAUUCUGAGCACCGAACCCAAUCAACGAGAAACCAAUGAAACUUUUGGAAAAAAAUUCUCGAGAAGAUUCGCAAUCAUCACUGCUACGAAAAUCCUUUUUCCUUUUAAAGCUCCACUCAAACAUCGUGUACCACACGCAUUCGUCACAUUUGGUUAUGGUGGGAAAAUGGUCACCGUUGAUCCGCGUAAUUCUUCUGCAUCCGUUAUACAAAUCGAUGACAUCAAAACGGUCCUUAGGGACCCUCACAGUGUACGCCUCAUUGAUGCUGUUCAAAAAUUCAGAGGCCCCCUUCUUGUCGGUCAAACAUCGCCCCAUACAGUUCGCCUAUACAUCGAACGUCAAAUUAAGCGUAUCAGACGUUAUGAGCUCGCUUCGGAAAGUUCAUUUAACAACGACGUUCUUGACUGUUUGCUGAUGUGGCAGCUACUUGGCUUAUUAGUUCAACAGCAAGGGCGCGUGACUGGUACGGAUUUAGCACGUCUCCUGGUGGAAAACAGGUCUGCUCCCUCUGAAGAAGCUCAGCGAUGCCAUUUGCAUCGGGGAGAAAGUUGCACACCUACAAAUCCUUCAUGUGAGGCCACCGUAAUCUCGCAAAGCUACGCUCUUUGCGAAAGGAGGGGAUAUGAUCGUUUCACGGAUUUGCUUCUUGGCGGACAUAUUCAUGAAGCAAUCGAGUGUGCACUUCAAGAUGGACUCUACGCUGAUGCGAUGAUUUUGGCUAGACGUUUGCUUACAGAUGAACCAGCGAAGCUUCUCGAAAUUGAAGAACAAUUGUUGGCUACCAGGUUACGAUGCGAUCCUUUAGUAACACUUUUAUCGGUAGCUGCGAAACACACACCAAUAAACCCUGAUUCCGGAUGUUGGCGCUCACAUCUUGCAAUUGUCCUGGCAAAUCUUACAUCUCAAGAAGCGAUGGAAUUUGUCUACGAUCUUGGAAAAGUCUUGGCAAAACGCGAUUGCAACAGUGCUGCUGAUUUCUGCUUUUUAGCUGUUAGCAUUCUGACUGGAAUGAAUCCUUUCAAAAUAGUAGAAGCAUGUCCUGAUAGUAGGGUAUCACGUCAGCACAUUACCCUGAUU